AUGGAGAACAAAACCACAGCUCCGAAGGACACUGAGUUCCUCCUCUGGCGACUCCUGCCAUUGAACCUUGGCUGGCCCCCUGAAUUGGAAGGGACCGCCAAGCAGCGCUAUGCCCGCAGCGUCUAUGGCGGGGCUGGAGGCCACAACACCCCGAUGCUCUCUGCUGCCCGUUACAUGGUGGGCGCUGGAAAUGUCAUGGGAGGAGAACUGUUUGCUGGCAACGAGAAGCUUGCCAUGCAGAACCUCAAUGACCGCCUUGCAAACUACCUAGAAAGGGUGCGGUCUCUGGAGCAGUCCAACUCUCAGCUGGAACUGCAGAUCAGGCAGUGGUAUGAGACCAACACACCCAGUGCGUCCGGGGACUACAGUGCUUACUACAAGCAAAUCGAAGAGCUGCGCAGACAGGUGGAGGAUUAGAGAUGCCAUACUAGCCAAUCCCGUUAUGUCCUGCAAAUGGAUAAUGUUAUUCUGGCUAUUGAAGAUUUCAAAAUAAAAUAUGGUAAUGAGAGAGCAUUGCGUGGGGCUGUCGAAAAUGAUCUCCAAGGUUUGAAUAAAGUCCUUGAUGAUCUAACAAUAUCUAAAACAGAUCUGGAGGCACAGAUUGAAGACCUUACUAAAGACCUGGUUGUCCUCAAAAAAGAACAUCAGGAGGAAGUGAAUGCUCUAAGCAGACAACUGGGCAAAUCCGUCACAGUGGAGGUGGACUCUGCUCCUGGCAGGAACCUUGGUGCCAUCAUGAAUGAGAUGAGGCAGAAGUAUGAAGUCCUGGCCCAAGAGAAUCUUCAGAAAGCCAAAGAACAGUUUGAAUUACAGAUUGGCACUCUGCAGCAAGAAGUCACAGUGAGCAGUGAAGAGUUAAAGGGAGCUGAGAUUCAAAUCAAGGAGCUAAGACAUACCUACCAAACCUACGAGAUAGAGCUUCGAUCUCAGCAGAAUGUGAAAGAAUCUUUGGAACGUACACUGGAAGAGACCAAACUUCGUUAUGAUGAGCUAUGUGCCAACAUUCAGCUACAACUAAAUGCCCUCAAGGACCAACUGGUGAAUAUUAGAAAUGAGGCAGAGUAUCACAUGAAAGAAUAUGAUAUUCUCCUUAACAUAAAAACCAGGCUGGAGCAGGAAAUUGCUACUUAUCGCCGUCUUCUGGAAGGAGAAUCCAGCGUAACUAGAGAUAUAGUCACAGACAUGCAUGCCCUGGAAGAUAAAGAGGUUAAGAAAACAAGGAAGAUUAAGACAGUCGUGGAAGAAGUAGUGGAUGGCAAGGUUGUGUCAUCUGAAAUCAAAGAAGUGGAAGAAAAAAUAUAAACAGUUCCCAGAAGGCCAUCCCAGAAGCGGGAUUUUUGCUGUCUGCAAGAAAGUGGUUCUAAGAAAGACCUAUUAAUGCUUUAUAGUUGCUGGAGAGAAGGAAAUCAGUUCA